UUAACGUUAGAGAGUUAGAGAGAGAAAGUGAGAGGAGAGGCCUUUUUAAUUAAUUCCCAUGAAAAGUGUGCUUUAAUUUGCUUGUGAAAAUCAUGGCUUUAGCACUUACAUGGUUUUUUAAAGGCCAGUGAGCCUAGCUUGUCUUUGGUGAGACCUUUAAAGAGUUUGGAGGAAGCUAGUAUAGGCUAGGCUCUCACAUGUAGGAGAGAAAUCUAGAGAGAGAAAGCUAGAGAGAGAGAGAGAGGCAAAGAUGGUGAGGACUCCUUGUUGUGAGAAGAUGGGACUGAAGAAAGGGCCAUGGACUCCUGAAGAAGAUCAUAUAUUGGUUUCCUACGUUCAAAGAUAUGGUCAUGAGAAUUGGAGGGCUUUACCAAAACUAGCUGGUCUAUUAAGGUGUGGGAAGAGUUGCAGACUUAGGUGGACGAAUUAUCUGAGGCCAGAUAUUAAAAGAGGAAACUUCAGCAAGGAAGAAGAAGAAGCCAUCAUCAAGCUACAUCAAGUUCUUGGAAACAGGUGGUCUACCAUUGCAACAAGAUUGCCUGGAAGAACUGACAACGAGAUCAAAAAUUUCUGGAACACUCACUUGAAGAAGAAGAUUAAUCAAAAUGUGGCUCACCCAGAAACCACAGGACACUCCUCUGAUGAACCACCAAAAUGGGGCAUAACUUACACCAUGAAUUCAAGACCUGUGAAUUGUUCAAGCGAACAAUAUUUGAGAAGUAUAUCCCAUAUAAUACCAAAUUCUACUCAAUCGGCGCAGCCACUCGAGCAAGAAACCGCCAUGAAUGCCUCAUCCAAGUUUCUUGAAAUGAAAGGGAAGCAGCUGUCAAUAAGUUCUGCCAUGACAAGCAACUUUCAAGGUCUGAUUGAUCCAAGAAUUGGGUUUUCGUAUCCUCAGCUAGGAUCCAAAGUGGAGCACAGUGAUGGUGGCAAUUCUAAUAUCAGUGACGAUCACAUGAAUUUUUGGUACAAUGUCUUCAUCAAAGCAGGAGAGUCACAGAACAGCUAGGAACGACUUUCAAGGUCUGAUUGAUUCAAGGAUUGGGUUUUGUUAUUUUCUUCCUCCUCCUUUUUACGGGAAAAGGACUUGGAUUGUUGGGUAGUCCAAUUUUGACUGUUAAAAUUUGGUUGAAAAGUUGAAAAUGUAAAAGAGUGGUGUUGAUGUAGAGGGCGGUUGAAGAAGUGUAUACAAAAGUUAUACAAGAUAUACUCCACUUUCUAGUAAAUUGACGUCGAAUCCAGAUUCUCUUUCGUGUCAUUUGUGUGGGGUCCUAUGUUAUUAUAUCGCUCAUGAUAUAACUCAUAUACUUUUUAUGCGA